UUCCAUCAUUCAUCUCCCCCUUUGGUGUCAUGAACUCCAUACACUGGUUUCUCUGAUCUCUAAAUCAUUUUUCUUCAUCGUGUCAUCGUACGUCUUGUUACAUUAGGUCUCUAUCAUUGCAGUCAUGGCUGAGAUUUCAAUGUCUAAUACUAACAACACCAAUGGAUCUUAUUCAAACCGGACGAAUUCUUCUGUACCAAGCGCUAUUGUUCCUAUCAACGAUCUAAACUCGUCCGGAAACAACAACGAUCACCCCGUACCGUCAACAACCAACAAAGAAUCCAGCUCUUGUUUCUCUUUACCAUUCUUCCAGAAGUUGAUUGCCGAAGGAAUUGGAACAUUUUUCAUGAUAUUCGCUGGAUGUGCUGCGGUGAACGUGAAUUUAAACAAUGAUAAGGUUGUGACUUUGCCUGGAAUUGCUCUAACUUGGGGGCUUGCUGUGAUGGUGAUGAUUUAUGCUCUUGGAUAUAUUUCUGGUGCCCACUUUAAUCCUGCUGUUACUAUCGCCUUUGCCACUUGUGGUUGCGGAAAGUUUCCAUGGAAACAGGUACCUGGCUAUGUAUUAGCUCAAGUUGCUGGUUCAACACUUGCAAUUGGAACCUUAAGACUAUUAUUCCAAGGGAAUCAAGACCAUUUCCUGGGAACAGUACCGGAUGGAUCAAAUAUGCAGUCUUUAGUUCUUGAGUUUAUCACAACUUUCUACCUCAUGCUUGUAAUUUGUAGUGUCGCUACAGAUAGUAGAGCAGUAGGAGAACUUGCUGGCCUUGCUAUAGGAUCUACCGUAAUCGUAAACAUACUUUUCUCUGGGCCAAUUAGCGGAGCAUCGUUGAAUCCUGCGAGGAGUUUGGGGCCAGCCCUCGUAUUUAACCGCUAUGAAGGGCUAUGGAUAUACAUAAUCGGCCCCAUUUGUGGAGCUGUAGCAGGUUCUUGGACUUACAGCUUCAUCAAGAAUGACUGUGCCAUACGAAAACUAGGAUCAAAAUUCUAUUGAAACAUGAAAUCUUGUGUAAAUCUAAAACUGUAGUCGUUCGUUCGUCAUUUUGCUGGUUCAAAAUAUAUUUGCAGCUUUA